AUUUAAUUGGGACAGGGGGUUAGAAGGCUGCCCCCCAGCUUGUUGUACCCCUGGGACAGGUGUCAGUCACGUGACCUCAGACAAGGAGGUCGGAACCCCCGUUCUCCCCCCAGGGAAUGUCCCGAGUCCGGAGCAGUCAGUGCGAAACCCGAUAGGAGAAACAACUGAUCUCACAGCCUAAAAAUAUCCCCAAGCUGAGCCUGUCCUGGAGCCCCACACCCAGCAGCACCGCUACAUGUAGAGCAGAUUUUCCCCAGAGAAAUGACACUUUCCUUCUGCGGCAGCAACACAAACUUCUCGUACAACGUUAACAAUGGGGUGUUGAACAACAUCUGCUUCCUGGAUGCCCUCAAUCUGGUGCCCCACGUCUUCCUGCUCUUCAUCACCUUCCCCAUAUUAUUUAUAGGCUGGGGAAGCCAAAGUUCUAAGGUUCAGAUCCAUCACAACACUUGGCUGCAUUUCCCGGGGCACAACUUACGAUGGAUCUUGACGUUCGCCCUUUUGUUUGUUCACGUCUGCGAAAUUGCCGAAGGCAUCGUGUCCGAUACAAAAAUGUUAUCAUGCCACCUGCACCUCUUCAUGCCGGCCAUCAUCGGUUUUAUAGCGGCCACCACAUCCAUCAUCUAUUACCACAACAUCGAAACAUCCAAUUUUCCCAAACUGCUGCUAGCCCUUUUUCUCUAUUGGGUGCUGGCAUUUAUCUCAAAGACCAUCAAGCUGGUGAAAUACUUUGAGAAUGGGAUCGGGCUGCACCAGCUGCGUUUCUGCAUCACGGGCAUCAUGGUCAUUCUCUAUGGUCUCCUCAUGGCUGUGGAGAUAAACGUCAUUCGCGUGCGGAAAUAUGUGUUUUUCUCAAGCCAACAGAAAGUGAAGCCCCCCGAGGACCUGCAGGAUUUAGGGGUGAGGUUCUUGCAGCCCUUCGUCAACUUGCUGUCCAAGGCCACUUAUUGGUGGAUGAACCCGCUGAUCAUUUCAGCCCAUAAGCGCCCUAUUGACCUGAGAACCAUCGGCAAGUUGCCCAUAGCCAUGAGAGCGCUCACCAACUAUCUCAGCCUGAAGACGGCCUACGAGGAACAGAAGAAGAAACUGGCUGAUCGACCUCAUAAAAAUCCCUCUAUCUGGAAGGCCAUCUACAGUGCCUUUGGUCGGCCCAUUCUCCUGAGCAGCACCUUCCGAUACUUGGCCGACCUGUUGGGUUUCGCAGGUCCACUGUGCAUUUCUGGAAUUGUUCAGCUGCUGGAGAAUAAGAAUAAAGACUCGUCAGAUCAGGAUUUCCCAAAGACUAAUUUUAGCAGCGUGUACUUCCUCUCAUCAAAAGGGUUAAUAGAGAAUUAUUAUGUUCUCGCCGUUCUACUCUUUAUGGCCCUCAUUUUACAAAGAACCUUCUUACAAGCCUCCUAUUAUGUUACCAUAGAGACUGGAGUUAACCUGCGGGGUGCCUUACUGUCCAUGAUCUAUAACAAGAUACUGAAACUUUCAACAUCCAACAUGUCUAUGGGAGAGAUGACCCUGGGGCAGAUAAAUAAUUUGGUUGCCAUAGAAACUAACCAGUUGAUGUGGUUCUUGUUCCUUUGCCCUAAUCUAUGGGCAAUGCCUAUUCAGAUUAUAAUGGGUGUGAUCCUCCUGUACAAACUGGUUGGCAUCAGUGCCCUGGUAGGUGCGGCAGUGAUAGUUCUGCUGGCCCCCAUUCAGUACUUCAUUGCCACAAAACUUGCAGAGGUUCAGAAGAACACGCUGGACUAUUCCACUGAGCGGUUGAAGAAAACCAACGAGAUCCUGAAGGGGAUCAAGCUCCUAAAGCUCUACGCCUGGGAGAACAUCUUCUGCAGCAGCGUCGAGGAGACCCGCAUAAAGGAACUGAAGAGCCUGAAAACCUUUGCGCUUCACACGUCUCUCUCUAUCUUCAUGAACGCGGCCAUUCCCAUUGCGGCUGUGCUUGCAACCUUUGUUACUCAUGCAUACGUGAGCUCCUCCCAUCUGACGCCAGCCAAUGCCUUUGCGUCCCUCGCUUUGUUUCACAUCCUGGUGACGCCCCUCUUUCUGCUCUCCACGGUGGUCAGAUUCGCAGUAAAGGCUCUUGUGAGCGUCCAGAAGUUGAAUGAAUUUUUCACCAGCGAUGAGAUCAGAGAAGACGGACACAGGAAUGGAGACACCACCCUGCCCUUUGAAUCUUGCAGGAAACACCCCGGAAUUCAUUCAAGAGCCUUUAAUAGGAAACAGCCCCUGAGGUACCAGCUGGACAAAUAUGAUCAGUCUCCCAAAAAACAAGUCCGUACAAUGGAGUUGGAAGAGGCGGCAUUAAAGGUGUGUGGUGGCUUCUUCUCCUGGGGCACUGGAUUGGCCACAUUAUCCAACAUAGACAUCCAGAUACCUACAGGGGAACUGACAAUGAUUGUGGGGCAAGUUGGCUGUGGCAAGUCUUCCCUGCUGCUGGCGAUACUGGGGGAGAUGCAGACGCUGGAAGGACGAGUGGUUUGGAACAAACUGCCUGAUGGGGAUGUCAGUACAGAUGGACAUUUAAGAUUUGGUUUCCAGAGACGGACACAAUACAGUAGUGGAAAUGGAGGUGAUUCUGCCUGCGGAACAGAGAGAAGCAAGAACAGGCAUUCAGUGGCCUACGCGGGACAAAAGCCGUGGCUCCUAAAUGCCACCUUAGAAGAGAACAUCACUUUUGGGAGUCCUUUCAACAAGCUGAGGUACAAAGCUGUAACAGACGCCUGCUCCCUCCAGCCUGAUAUUGACCUGUUGCCGUUUGGAGACCAAACUGAGAUUGGAGAGAGGGGAAUUAAUCUAAGUGGGGGUCAGCGGCAGAGGAUCUGUGUGGCUCGCGCUCUAUAUCAGAAUACCAACAUUGUCUUCCUGGAUGACCCAUUUUCGGCUCUGGAUAUUCACCUGAGUGACCACCUGAUGCAGGAGGGGAUUCUGAAGUUCCUCAGCGAUGAUAAGCGGACGGUUGUUCUGGUCACUCAUAAACUACAAUAUCUUCCUCAUGCCGACUGGAUCAUUGCCAUGAAGGAUGGCUUUGUGCUCAGAGAGGGAACUUUAAAAGAUAUUCAGAAUAACGACAAUGAGCUUUAUGAGCACUGGAAAACUCUAAUGAACCGCCAGGACCAGGAACUGGAGAAGGACACAGAUGCAGAUCAGGCGACAAUGGAAAGAAAAACUCUCCGGAGAGCAAUGUACUCACGGGAAGCCAAAGUACAAGCUGAGGAUGAAGGAGAAGAGGAGGAAGAAGAGGAAGAUGAAGAUGAAACCAUGUCCACGGCCAUGCGGUUGAGGACCAAGAUGCCUUGGAGAACAUGCUGGAGAUAUCUCACCUCUGGGGGAUAUCUCUUACUCUUCCUCAUGAUAUUCUCCAAGCUUCUGAAACACUCAGUGAUUGUGGCCAUUGACUACUGGCUGGCUAGUUGGACAUCAAAAAUCAGCAACAUCAGUAACAUCCAGAGUGAUAACGGAACGUCAGACAGUGAGCUCAGCAACAUCCAGAGCUACUAUGUGACCUGGUUCAGCAUUCUCAGCGCCAUGGGAAUAGUCCUCUGUCUCAUCGCAUCACUGACUGUGGAGUGGAUGGGCCUCAACGCAGCCAAGAACCUUCACCAUAACCUACUGAAGAAAAUCAUUCUGGCACCAAUUAGGUUCUUUGACACGACCCCUCUUGGUUUGAUCUUGAAUCGUUUUUCGGCCGACACAAACAUCAUAGAUCAGCACAUCCCCCCAACACUGGAAUCGCUCACCAGAUCAACCUUGCUGUGUCUCUCGGCCAUUGGAGUCAUUUCCUAUGCCACCCCAAUUUCCAUGGUCGCUCUUCUCCCACUUGGCGUGGCCUUCUACUUCAUCCAGAAAUACUUUAGAGUUGCCUCCAAGGACCUUCAAGAACUUGAUGACAGUACCCAGCUGCCCUUGCUGUGCCACUUCUCAGAGACAGCAGAAGGACUCACCACCAUUCGGGCCUUCAGGCAUGAGACCCGAUUCAGGCAGCGGAUGCUGGAGCUGACCGACACCAAUAACCUGGCCUACCUGUUCCUUUCUGCCGCCAAUAGAUGGUUAGAGGUCAGAACGGAUUAUCUUGGAGCUUGUAUUGUCCUGACCGCAGCCGUGUUCUCAAUCACAUAUGGACUUGACUCUGGGAUUGUUGGACUGGGCCUCACGUAUGCUCUAACGGUUACAAAUUACUUGAACUGGGUCGUCCGGAACCUUGCAGACUUGGAAGUGCAAAUAGGAGCCGUGAAAAAAGUCAACAGUUUCUUGAACAUUGAAUCGGAGUGUUACGAGGGAUCCAUGGAUCAGCAGCAAGUACCGGAGGACUGGCCCCAGAAUGGGGAGAUAAAGAUCAGUGACUUGUGCGUCAGAUACGAGAGUAACUUCAAACCGGUCCUGAAGCACCUCAAGGCCUACAUUAAACCUGGACAGAAGGUGGGAAUCUGCGGAAGAACUGGAAGUGGGAAGUCUUCGCUGUCCCUGGCUUUUUUCAGAAUGGUGGAUAUAUUUGAUGGAAAAAUUGUUAUAGACGGAAUUGACAUUUCCAAGCUGCCCCUGAACACCCUGCGCUCCAGGCUCUCCAUCAUCCUGCAGGACCCCAUCCUGUUCAGCGGCUCCAUCCGGUUCAACCUGGAUCCUGAGUGUAAAUGCACCGACGAUCGUCUCUGGGAGGCUCUGGACAUCGCUCAGCUCAAGAACCUGGUCAAGGCUCUGCCCGGGGGUCUGGAUGCCAUGGUGACGGAAGGAGGGGAGAAUUUCAGUGUGGGGCAGCGGCAGUUGUUCUGCUUGGCCCGGGCGUUUGUACGGAACAGUAGUAUUCUCAUUAUGGACGAGGCCACCGCCUCCAUUGAUAUGGCCACUGAGAACAUUUUGCAGAAAGUAGUAAUGACGGCGUUCGCUGACCGCACCGUAGUCACCAUUGCACACCGAGUCUCCUCCAUUCUGGACGCAGAUCUCGUAUUUGUCUUUUCCGAGGGGAUUUUGAUAGAGAGCGACACGCCCACCCAGUUGCUCGCCAACGCAGACGGUCUCUUUACUUACCUGGUUAAGAGCCACAAGUAGAUCGGCCGCAUCGGGUUCACACCAUCCUGACGGCGGAUCUGGUGAUCGUAAUGCGGCGCGGGAAUAUUCUGGAGUCCGACACCCCGGGGAACCUCC